GAUUUAACUGCUCAGAAAAUGAUGUCCGAACUGGUCCAUUUCUCCUCACUGCCUGAACACUCCCAUCUGGACUCCGCCAUUGUAGCCAUAUUAUCUCACGGAGUCGACGGUGCUAUAUAUGGAACUGACAGCCAAUUGGUCAAGUUGCAGGACAUCUUCGUGAUACUGGAUAACGCUCACUGCCCGCAGCUACAGAACAAACCUAAAAUGUUCUUUAUCCAGGCCUGCCGGGGAGUUGAGGCAGACCGAGGAGUUGACCAGAGAGAUGGGAGAGACCAGACUGCUUCUCCAAGCUGUGAACAGAGCGAUGCAGGAAGGGAAACUGGCAAAGUCCGCCUGCCCACCCAGUCUGAUAUGAUCUGUGCCUAUGCCUGUCUGAAGGGUACUGUAUCGCUUCGUAACACAAAACGUGGCUCAUGGUUCAUACAGGAUCUCACUGAGGUGUUUUCCAAGCACGCUAAGGACACACAUGUAGCUGACAUGCUUGUAAAGGUCAAUGCGUGCAUUAAGAAACGGGAGGGCCACGCUCCAGGGACCGAGUUUGACCGCUGCAAAGAGAUGUCAGAGUAUUGCAGCACGCUGUGCAAGGACCUCUACCUGUUCCCGGGUGUCUCAGACCGACUCUAG